AUCUCCUCCUGCAAACCAAACACAUACCAAGAUGGCCCCUAAGCCCCAAAUUGUGGUCCUCCUUCUUCCCUUCCUCCUUUUAUCCUCCGCCAUGGCCUUCAACAUUACAGCAAUUCUUGAGCCAUUCCCCGAGUUUGCCACCUUUAGCAACUACCUCAACCAGACGAAGCUUGUUCAUGAAAUCAACCACCGUCAAACAAUCACCGUUCUCGUCGUUGACAACUCUAGAAUGUCUGCAAUCUCCUCCCUCCCCGAAGAAAGCCUGAAGCAUGUCAUGGGAGUCCAUGUUAUCCUCGACUAUUAUGACAUCAGAAAGAUCAACAACAUACCACGCAAGAGCUUCAUUCUCACCACCCUCUUCCAAACCACCGGCAUUGCUACCAACAGAAUGGGGUUCCUAAACGUCACUCACAAGGCUGGGGAGUCUGUGGUGUUUGGGUCGGCCAUCCGAGGAGCCCCACAUACCUCCACCCUGAUUAAGAAGGUUGUGGCAAUGCCAUACAAUAUUUCAGUCCUCCAUAUUUCUGAGCCCAUCAUCCCACCUGGCAUUGAUGGUGCACCACACAUCGCCCCUAUAUCAUCCCCGCCAAAGGAGACCGAACCUUCGGCGGAGGCUCCAGAGGCAGAAGAUGCUCCUACAGAGUCUCCAGAAGAGGAUAUUGUUGAUGCCCCUGCGAAUGCUCCAGGAGAAAGCGCUGACACCCCUGCCGACUCUCCAGAAGCAGACGAGCCAGCCUCGGAUGCAUCUGAAGGGCCAUCUAUCUCACACAAGAAAGUCUUUCAUGCAUCGGCAAGCACAUCUCUGAGAAGCCGACUGUCAAUUGGUGCUAUCCUCGGACUUGUCAUGGGCACUAUAUUCUUGUGAGCUCUUUGAGUCAUUCGUGUCGGUUGAAAUGGAUAAAUAAAAUUUACUUGAUAAA